GGUUUCAGUACAGUAAGCUGCUCUUUAAAGGAGGCAUUGGGAGUUUCUGAGCUGCACUGAAGUGAAGACCGUGUGUGAAGACAUAUCUUUCUCUGAUAUCACCUCUGCUUCCAACAGAAGAGAUCACCAUGUUCCUUUCUACUGCUUCUUUUACAGCCCUGCUACUCACUCUGUCUGGUAUGGAAGCUCUCGUACUGACCCAGGAAAAGUCCCUCUCUGUGAACCUGGGAGAUAAUUUGAAAAUAUCCUGCGCUGUUAGUGAUAGCUCUCAGACCUGGACAAUUUCAUGGUACCGACAGAAGGCUGGAGGUGGCCCAAGUUUUUUGCUUGCUGACACCACAAGAGCAGCUGGGCUUCCUAACAGGUUCACAUAUUCUGAACCAGGAUCUGGCUACACUGAGUAUCUACACAUCAAUGAAAUCACGGCUGAGGAUGAGGCAGUGUAUGUCUGUGCUUGUGUUGGUGGCUGUGGACAUGGUACCAAGUUUGGACAAGGAACUGAAGUCACCAUUGCCCGUCCUCCAUCACCCCCUUCUCUGGUCCUGAUGACCCCAGCCCAGGCCCCUCUCUCUGGGGACAAGACCACCCUCGUGUGCCUGGCGCAGGGCUUCCACCCUGACGGUGCCUCCCUGUCCUGGUCUGAUGACGGUGGCUCUCUGACGGGUGCUGAAGUCCAGAAGGGCGAGUCUCAGCGCCAGGCUGACGGCACGUACACCCUGAGCAGCCUCCUUAGUCUGCCCUCAACACGCUGGAGCUCCGGACAGACCUUCACUUGUCACCUGAGCCACUCAGCACUGACCAACCCACUGAGCAGGAGUGUGAACAACGGGCAAUGUUCAAUGUUCGGUUAGGUUUGCAUUUCCCCCACUAAUGCUUAAGAUUAGGAUUGAGGGAGGGGAAGCUGAUCCUAGAACUGUCCCCCCCCAGCAGCAGUGUUCCCCCAGAUAGAGGGACUGUUAGUGUGCUUCACAUACUUUAAUAGAUUGGCAACUUGCUUUAGAAGUUAUUGAAGUUUAGUUUUUUUCAUGAUGUCUCUUUUUGUGAAUAGGGACCUCUGGUGAUGAAAGCUGUAUUGCUUGUGAAGUAAUCUGAGGAAUUUCUGCAUGUUGAUGUGAUGAGUUGAAUAAAGCAUUUCAUGAUGUGA